UACGCCGCACCUCAGGAUUAUGCUUUCCCACGAAACUUCAAGGGAUAUGGAGAGAAGGGUCUUGAGGGUCUUACCUGGCCCAACAAUGCCAAAAUUGCAGUAUCAUUUGUCAUCAACUACGAGGAGCGAUCGGUAUUGCAUGGAGAUGGUCGUUCUGAGACAUCCCUUCGUGAAUAUCCUGCCGAACCGGAUAUCAAUGAGCGCAGCUACAGUGCAGAAUCCGAGUUCGAAUACGGCUCUCGCCGUGGCUGGUGGCGUAUUUUCAAACUGUUCAACGACUACAAGAUGAAGUUCACACUUUAUGCCGUUGGCUCGGCCUGUGAAGAACAACCCGAGGUCGUGACUCGAUGCGUCGAAGAAGGUCACGAUAUCGCGUCUCAUGCGUACCGCUGGAUUGAUCACAAGGGACUGUCUGUCGAGGCUGAGAAGCAGCACAUUCGCGACGGCAUCACUGCUCUCAAGAAGCUCGCUGGUUAUGCUCCCAAAGGCUGGUACUAUGGAAGACCAUCUCCUCAAAGCAGGGCACUCAUUCCUGCCGUGUACGAAGAAAUGGGCGAAGAGCUUCUGUGGGCGAGCGAUUGUUAUGCCGACGAUAUCCCCUACUGGACAGAUCUGCCUCAGGAGCGCAACAGCGAGCAACCCAAGGGCUGCUUGAUGAUUCCUUACAGUUAUGAUUGCAACGACUUCAAAUUCCUCACCCCAGCUACUGGCUUCCGUGACCCCAAUGGAUUUUACACUCACAUCAAGAAUGCUUUCGAUGUGCUUUACGAGGAGGGAGAGGCAGGUGCACCGAAGAUGAUGACUAUCGGCCUGCACUGCCGUAUCAUCGGAAGACCUGGCCGCUUCAAGGCUUUACAGGACUUUGUGAAGUACAUUUCUGAGAAAGAAGGUGUUUGGGUUGCAACCAGAACUGAGAUUGCCGAGUCUUUUAGAGAACAGUUCCCAUACAAGAGAGGACAUUUAGCA